AUGGCUGGUCAGAGUACCGACAAGGUAUACCAAGUCAAGCUGCCUCCCCCUGGUGAUGGGGAGGCAGCAACAGAGGUCCCACCUAAGUCCUCCCUGGAACCAAAUUUGGAUUCCAGGGAGGUUUUAGAGAAGCAUGAGGACCCAGCUGGGAGCCGAGAUCCAGAUCCCCAAGACGACCCACAGCCACAGGCCCCAAACCUGGGUGCCGCCAAUGUGGGACAAAACAUUUUCGGGCUCUCCUUCCCGAGGAAGCUCUGGAGCGUCGUGGAGGACACCACCUUCACGUCCGUGCGCUGGAAUGACGACGGCGACACCGUGAUCAUCGACGAAGACCUUUUCCAGAGGGAGAUUCUUCGCCGGAGGGGCCCAGAGAGAAUCUUUGAAACUGACAGCUUGAAGGGGUUCAUCCGCCUAAUGAACCUGUACGGGUUCAGCAAAAUACGCGCGGACGACCCUCCGGUUCACGCCCCGGGGAACAAGAGGAUGAUGAUGUACCGCAACUCCAACUUCCGGCGAGACAGGCCCGUGCUGCUCGAGAAUAUUCAGGCAAAAGGUAACCUGAGAACUGGCACCGGGUGGCUAGGAAGCAGUGCAACACCUCUAAAGAGGAAGAAGCAGGUAGCGGCGACGAGACGUUCCCCACGAACCCAUCACAACGAAUCCACCCAGGAGGACAAGGCGGAGCCCAAAGAAGCCCCAAAUGUUCAGGGACCCAGUGGCACCCAGGCCUUUUCCUUCACUGGGAUCUGGGCCCUGAGCGGCGUAGCCAGAUAUGCCAUGGCAAAUCGGGGCCCAAGUGAGCCGGGGGGCCCAAGUGGGGAGGGCACCUCCAGGAAUGUGAUGUUUGCGCCCCCGGCUACUGCCGGAAGGGGCGGCGCGGGGGAGCUGCCCGCUGCCCCCCCGCCCUACCCAGAUUAUGAGUCCGUGCUGUCGCUGUACAACACCUGUUAUUCCAUCCUGCUGGCUGCCCUUUUGUUCAUGUCCCCACACGAGGCCCCCAGUGAGAACGAGGAGCAGGAGGAUUCCUCAGACUACAAGUGUGCACUCUGUGAACACUUCAAGGACAACCCGGGUCCCUAA